AUGGUGAGCUUCAAACUGGGAACAGCGUUACAGACCCGUGAUUCCAUAGACGAUGUGCUUGGAGAUCUUCUUGGAGAUGAUGACUUCUCACCACCUAACCAACGCAAAGCAUCUCCUUCAACCUCUGCCCCUUCCAUCUUGCCUCGAUCAAACAUUUUGCCCAAAGCAAAUAAAAAGUCACCGCUUGAUGACACAUUCUUCAGCGAGCUGGCUAAAGAGGUAACAGAGGAUUUCGAUAUCUCAGAAGCUGAUGCUCAGGCUCUACUUGAAGACAUGAAGGAUCUGGAUGACAUGGAUGAAGAAAUAUUUGGAGGAAAGAAGCCCAAACCCGCCCCUGCAAAGAAUUCUGCCAUUAACCAAAGCACCGAGCAGAAACCUAAAGAAAAGACACUGGAGCCAAGGAGAGGACACUCUGCCACAGAAAGUGAAAAGAAGCCCCUGUCUUCUGCAGUGGGGCUGUCCCAGAGUCAGAAGUUUGCUUUUGAUGAUCUUGAUGACCCUCUUGCUGGGAUCUUGUCUGAUGAAGAUGAUGGAAGUUCCAAAAAUACUAAGCCUACAGGUUACAGAUUGCCUCAUGAUCCUACUCCCAUGAAGACUGAAGAGGCCGCUUUACCCAGCCCAGCACGACCUUCUUCAUCCUCUCGCAGGAGGGACGAGCUGAUCUUUGAAGACGACUCUGAUGACAUUAUGGAUGCCUUGGGGUUUGGCGAUGCCCCCCAGAAAGGGGAGAGUUCCACCACACGGCCAGCGCGAUCUAAACUAGAUGAGCUCCUGGGACGUGGUACAUCUGCCAAGCUUCUGGAGAGGCCACUUACUGGGGAGCAGAAAGAAUUCAAACUUGAUCCUAAAUACACAAAGCAACCAGAAAAAGAGGACAUAUUUGGUGAUGAGGAAAUUGCUUUUGGCUCCUACAAACCAACAGUGAUGUCCAGCCCAGACAGCCGCCGAUCUCGGCACUCAUCUAUCAGAUUAUCUGCUGAGAACAAUAGUAUUUUGAAGUCUGAUGCAAAGUCUCAACCUACCACACCUGUGUCCCCGAGCCCUGCUAAAGGAGAAAGGAAUGGGGCUGACUGGUUGGGUUUAAAAGAUGACGUCCUAGAUGUAUUCCCUGUCAGAGAACCCACUAGAACCUCGUCAGCCACUCCAACCGGCCUCCACCAGUCUGGAACCAAGACUGCUAAUGGACCUGCAAUUCAAACACAAGCAAGCCACUCAGAAGAACCCGGUGUUCCUCAAGAGAAUGAUGAAUGGCUAACUGCUGCACUCUCUCGCAAGAAAGCCCAGCAGCUGGACAAAGGGGAGGUCAACCAGAAAGGCCAGAAUCGUAGCGUUCAGAAGGAUGCCGGGAGCAGGCAGCUGGAAGAACCCGGUGUUCCUCAAGAAAAUGAUGACUGGUUAUCUGCAGCCCUCUCUCGCAAAAAAGCCCAGCAGCAGGAAAAAGGGGAGGUCAGCCAGAAAGUCCAUAAUCAUAGCAUCCAGACAGAUGUCGCUAGUAGCAGUGCUAAAGAAACCCAGAAAACUAUUGUCCCCAAUACUAUGAAGCCGAGUGUUUCGUCGAGUGCUGCUGAGGUGUCUGGGUCUCCUUUUCCCAGUGUUGUUUCUACUUCCAGACAAGAAAUCACGCCAAAAGCUCCAUCCUCUGUGCCGUCAGAAUCUCGAAGAGCAGAAAUGGAGCAACUGAUUCCCACGCGGUCUGUUGAAAGAGUGAAAGAGGAUGAUCGGGGCCAUAAAGAGCUACAGGAUGCUAUGAACCGUAUAGCAGAUCUGGAGGCACAGGUGAGGAGGCUACAGCUGGAAAAAGAGCAACAAGCCCUUCUGCUGGAGACUCUACGGGAAAGACAUAAAGAAGAUCUGGAGCUGGUAGAGAGCACACAUAGGCAACGUCUGAAGCUGCUGGAAGACUGUGCCAGGCAGAGAGAAGAGCGCCUGUGUCAAGAGAACAAAGAGCUCUCGGAACAGCACCUCUCUUACUGCCAGAACGCAGAACAGGAGAAGGCUGAUAUGUGGACCCAGUGUCAGAAGAAACUGUCCGAGUUCCAUCAGGAGAAGGAGGUGGAGGUAGAAGGGAUUAAACAGCUGCACAGGUCCCUAAAUUGUGUUAUUGAGCAGAUGGGAACUUUCACUCAAAAACUCGGUGUAUUGUCUGAAAAAGUGGAUAACACCAAACUGAGUGCAUCUCAGGAACCUGAGAAGGGGAUGUGGCAGGGAGAAAGGCAGCUUCAAGGUUUACAGAAACUACUGAGUGAUCAGAAUAGGGAAAUGGAAGAGGAGUGGAAUAGCUUGCGAAUGGUCAUAACAAGUAUGGAGACUCGACUGACCGAACAGAGCCGUCUGCUGGAACAGAAUGCCCUUAUGGAGGAGCGUCAUCGGUCUUAUAUGAUGCGUUUUGCUGAGGAAGAGAAGAAGCUUAAGACUGAGUGGUCUGAGCUGCACGCCCAGCAGAGACUGAAUAAGGAGAGAUCUUAUAAACAUGAGCAAGCCGAGCUAAAGAUUCAAGCGAGCGAGCAACAGCUCAGGGAGCAACAACUAGCAUUAGCUAGAGAGAGGCAAGAGCUGGAGGAAGAGAGACUGGUACUGCGCUUGGAAAAGGAGAGAGUUAAUGCGUCUGCCUUACGUCUCCAACACCGAACGGAGGAAGUGGAGAGCAUGAGCAGGUUGGCUUCGCAGCUUUGUGAGAAAGGGGAGAAGACUCUAGCAGAGGCGAGGAGGGUAGAAUCUCAACACCUGAGCCGUUUGAAGACCAUCCAACAGAAUCUAGACUGGUUAAGAAAUAGAGAAGAAUAUAUCCACCAGGAACGAUUAAACCUUGAUAAUCAGAGAUGCCAGCUAAACAAGCUUCGUCAGGCGCUCCCCACUACCUCAUCCUUGCCUGUUCCUGGAAUCCAAGGAAUAAGUGCAAUGGGUAAUCCACAAACCCAGAAGUACAACAGAGUUAUGCAAGAGGCAGCGUUUGAGACCAAGGUAGCCCUGUUUAAAAUCUCUGCCCACCAGGACAAGGACUUUCUGGCAAAUGAGCAGCAUUACCUGGACAACUUAAAGAAGUCCAGCCUGACCUGGCCACAGACCAUGUGAUGGAAAGUGGAAGUAGCCAAUUUGGGACGUUUUUCCCGAUAGCAACUGUGUCAAAGGUUAUAUGAUUGGUGCACAAAGAAUGCCACUCUCUUUAUGUGUUAUAUAUAUAUAUA